GAAGACAAUUAUUUGAGAAUUGAAGGGCAGCCAUAUAAAUGUAAUGAAGAUUUAGAGACCUGCAGUGAUUUCCAGUCCUUUCAGAAGCAUGAAAUGAGGAACACUGUAGAGAGACCCAGUGAAUAUGGAAAAAAUGAGGAGGAGAGAUCUGAUCUUAGUGAAAAAAUUCACUCCGGGCAGAAAAUUUUUGUAGGUAACAAAAGUGUGAAAGCCCAUACAACAACUAACUGUGUUCAAACCCCCAAGACAAACCGCAAUUUGGGAAACUCCUAUGUACAAAAACACUAUGAGAAUAUUUCUAUUUCUUCAUCCAAUAUUGAAAAACCUGUUAGAAAAUAUGGUAGAGAGAAAUAUCAUAUAAUUGAAAAAUGUGCAAAAGCAUUAUCUCACAGUAAUUUCUUUAAAAAGCAUAAGAAACUUCACACUGGAAAGCAACCAUAUGAAUGCAAGCAAUGUGGGAGAGCAUUCAGUAAACUCAGUGGUUUUCAAAGUAAUAAAAACAUUCACACUGGGGAGAAAUCCUUUGCAUGCAACAAAUGUGGGAAAGCAUUUAGUACAGCCUCUGCUUGUAAAGUACAUGAUAGAAUUCACACUGGGGAGAAAUCCUUUGUAUGUAAGCAAUGUGGGAAAUCUUUCAAUCAAAAGUCUAACCUUCUUAGACAUGAAAGAAUUCACACAGGGGAUAAACCCUAUGUAUGCAACAAAUGCGGGAAAGCAUUCAGUACAUCCUCUGCUUGUAAAGCACAUGAUAGAAUUCACUCUGGGGAGAAACCCUUUGCAUGUAACAAAUGUGGGAAAUCUUUCAAUAAAAAGCCUAGCCUUCUUAUACAUGAAAGAAUUCACACUGGGGAGAAACCCUUUGCAUGCAACAAAUGUGGGAAAGCAUUCAGUACAGCCUAUGCUUGUAAAGCACAUGAUAGAAUUCACACUGGGGAGAAACCCUUUGCAUGUAACAAAUGUGGGAAAUCUUUCAAUAAAAAGCCUAGCCUUCUUAUACAUGAAAGAAUUCACACUGGGGAGAAACCCUUUGCAUGCAACAAAUGUGGGAAAGCAUUCAGUACAGCCUAUGCUUGUAAAGCACAUGAUAGAAUUCACACUGGGGAGAAACCCUUUGCAUGUAAACAAUGUGGGAAAUUUUUCAGUCAAAACAGUGACCUUAUUAAACAUGAAAGAAUUCACACUGGGGAGAAAAUCUUUGCAUGCAACAAAUGGGGGAAAGCAUUCAGUACAUCAUUUGCUUGUAAAGUACAUGAUAGAAUUCACUCUGAGGAGAAACCCUUUGUAUGUAAGCAUUGUGGGAAAUCUUUCAAUAAAAAGACUAACCUUAUUAGACAUGAAAGAAUUCACACAGGUGAUAAACCAUAUGUAUGCAACAAAUGCGGGAAAGCAUUCAGUACAUCCUCUGCUUGUAAAGCACAUGAUAGAAUUCACACUGGGGAGAAACCCUUUGCAUGUAACAAAUGUGGGAAAUCUUUCAAUCAAAAGCCUAGCCUUCUUAUACAUGAAAGAAUUCACACUGGGGAGAAACCCUUUGCAUGCAACAAAUGUGGGAAAGCAUUCAGUACAGCCUAUGCUUGUAAAGCACAUGAUAGAAUUCACACUGGGGAGAAACCCUUUGCAUGUAAACAAUGCGGGAAAUCUUUCAGUCACAACAGUGACCUUAUUAAACAUGAAAGAAUUCACACUGGGGAGAAACCCUUUACAUGCAACAAAUGUGGGAAAGCAUUCAGUACAGCCUCUGCUUGUAAAGUACAUGAUAGAGUUCACACUGGGGAGAAACCCUUUGUAUGUAAGCAUUGUGGGAAAUCUUUUUAUAAAAAGACUAACCUUAUUAGACAUGAAAGAAUUCACACAGGUGAUAAAACCUAUGUAUGCAACAAAUGCGGGAAAGCAUUCAGUACAUCCUCUGCUUGUAAAGCACAUGAUAGAAUUCACCCUGGGGAGAAACCCUUUGCAUGUAAACAAUGUGGGAAAACUUUCAGUCAAAACAGUGACCUUAUUAAACAUGAAAGAAUUCACACUGGGGAGAAACCCUUUGCAUGCAACAAAUGUGGGAAAGCAUUCAGUACAUCCUCUACUUGUAAAUCACAUUAUAGAAUACACACUGGGGAGAAACACUUUGUAUGUAAGCAAUGUGGGAAAUCUUUCUGUCAAAGCAGUCACCUUAUUACUCAUGAAAGAACUCACAACCUAUAAAACAUCUAUGGUACAACCAAUAUACCAAAACAUUCAGUAUACAGAAGUGCUGAAAAUGAACCCUUUCCAUUGAUGUAAGUAAUUUGUGUUGUGUUUUAGCUAUAAUAGUAGCUUUUUUGUAUAGAAAAAAAUUCACUCUAUAAAAAAAUCCCUAUCUAUAUGAGAAAUGAGUAAAUGGAUUUGUUUAUACAUUCUCACUUUAUAACAUCAAAUAUAUCACACUGGGAAAAAAUCCUAUGAACAUAAGGAAUAUAGAAAGACUUUCCAUACCAUUGAGAUUGCCACUACGUUUAAGAACUCCCUCUGUGUAGUAAUUCUAUGCAAUUGAACAAUGGUAGAUCAUACAUAGCACACAAAAAUGCCAUAGGGAAAUUUUGCAUACAAGGAAGAUAUCAUAUAUAUGUAGGCAGUGUGGCAAAGAUUUGCUGCAGUGCUUCCCUUUUGAAAACAUAAGAUUCUUCUCACAUUGGGGAGUAACUGCAUAUAAGGAAGUUUUGGUAAAAGUUCAGCUGAUAGCUGCUAACCUUCUGAGUGAUGUCAUACUAUGUCCCAAGAUUAUGUAUGCAAUGUGGGAAAGUAUACAAUAUACACGUUUAUUGUCAAAAGUGUGAAAGUAAUCCGAGUUAAGUGAAAUCAUACAUAUGUAAGGGACUAUUUUGAAAAUAAUUUCAAAAUUAGUCAUGUAGAGGAGACCUGCCAAAAUAUUAUAAAAUAAUUUCUGUCAAUAUAUGUUCAUA